GCGACGCGACAGCGGGCGGCGGGGCGGUCGGGACGCUACCGUACCUUCCUCGCUCCCGGCCGAGGGUCCGACGAGAGCUAGCAGACCGCCUCACAUCCGGGUAUCGGGAGACACUCAGCUGCUUCUGCCGCCACAGCCGCUUCUGCCGCCACCGCCGCCUCUCCCGCGGCGCAGAAACGCCAAACUUCCGGCGAUGACGGCUACGCCUCGCCCGUCAGAUGGGAGUUACCUGGGACCGUCUUGGGCGCGCUUGCGCAACGCUCCUUUCUUGCCUGAACCGGCUCAGCUGACGUGCCCAGAAGAUGAAGAUGGCCGCCACGCUACUUGCGUCUCACGCAGUUUUUCACCCCGGCCCGGACUGCUGGGCGUCGGGGAAAGACGAGCCAGCGUCGGACCGCAGCGCAGGCGCGGUGGGAGGCCUCGCGUGCGCGCACCGCGGGUGGGCGCCUCUGCGGCGAGCGGCAGACGCUUCCCUUUCCCCGCUCGUCUCUUGGAGUAAAGCCACGCACGCCCCCAGCGGUGGUGGUUUGUGUUGAAAAUCCGUCGCCACCGGUUCUUCUGUUGGUUGCAGAUUUUUGAUGAAAUUGAGUCACGAAACUGUAACCAUUGAAUUAAAGAAUGGAACACAGGUCCAUGGAACAAUCACAGGUGUAGAUGUCAGCAUGAAUACACAUCUUAAAGCUGUGAAAAUGACCCUGAAGAACAGAGAACCUGUACAGCUGGAAACACUGAGUAUUCGAGGAAAUAACAUUCGAUAUUUUAUUCUGCCAGACAGCUUACCUCUGGAUACACUUCUCGUGGAUGUUGAACCGAAGGUGAAGUCUAAGAAGAGGGAAGCUGUUGCAGGAAGAGGCCGAGGCCGAGGAAGAGGAAGAGGACGUGGCCGAGGCAGAGGAAGAGGGGGUCCUAGGCGAUAAUAUCUCUCAAGACUACUAUUUCGAAGUAGUUUUGUUUGUUUAUGGCAGACGAAGAAGAAGAAGACGUGGCAGAGGAAGACUACGUGGCUAAGUUAGAAGAUGGUGGAGUCCUAAGCAAACUGUGUCUCUCAAAGUUAUGGUUUUAAAGUGAUCGAUGCCCUGGCUGCUUUUUGUACAGGCUUUGUUUGUUUGUGGCAGUUUUUAAUAAACAUAAAUGUAGGACAGA